CGCCGGCGCGCAGCUCUCCCAGCGUCCCAAGAGCCACUUUCUCGCCAGGACGAUGCUACAGCGGUUUUCAGCUUCCCUUCAUCGUCGCUCCCACACUCAUUUUUAGCCACUGCUGCCGGUUUUUAUAUCCUUCUCCAUCAUGCAUCGUGAGCCUCCAAAGAAGAAGGCAGAAAAGCGGCUGUUUGACGCCUCGUCUUUCGGGAAGGACCUUCUGGCCGGUGGAGUCGCGGCAGCUGUGUCCAAGACAGCGGUGGCGCCCAUCGAGCGGGUGAAGCUGCUGCUGCAAGUGCAGGCGUCGUCGAAGCAGAUCAGCCCGGAGGCGCGGUACAAAGGCAUGGUGGACUGCCUGGUACGGAUUCCUCGCGAGCAGGGUUUCUUCAGUUUUUGGCGUGGCAAUUUGGCAAAUGUUAUUCGGUAUUUUCCAACACAAGCUCUAAACUUUGCAUUUAAGGACAAAUACAAGCAGCUGUUCAUGUCUGGAGUUAAUAAAGAAAAACAGUUCUGGAGGUGGUUUUUGGCAAACCUGGCUUCUGGUGGAGCUGCUGGAGCAACAUCCUUAUGUGUAGUAUAUCCUCUAGAUUUUGCCCGAACCCGAUUAGGUGUCGAUAUUGGAAAAGGUCCUGAAGAGCGACAAUUCAAGGGUUUAGGUGACUGUAUUAUGAAAAUAGCAAAAUCAGAUGGAAUUGCUGGUUUAUACCAAGGGUUUGGUGUUUCAGUACAGGGCAUCAUUGUGUACCGAGCCUCUUAUUUUGGAGCUUAUGACACAGUUAAGGGUUUAUUACCAAAGCCAAAGAAAACUCCAUUUCUUGUCUCCUUUUUCAUUGCUCAAGUUGUGACUACAUGCUCUGGAAUACUUUCUUAUCCCUUUGACACAGUUAGAAGACGUAUGAUGAUGCAGAGUGGUGAGGCUAAACGGCAAUAUAAAGGAACCUUAGACUGCUUUGUGAAGAUAUACCAACAUGAGGGAAUCAAUUCCUUUUUUCGUGGCGCUUUUUCCAAUGUUCUUCGUGGUACAGGGGGUGCUUUGGUGUUGGUAUUAUAUGAUAAAAUUAAAGAAUUCUUUCAUAUCGAUAUUGGUGGUAGGUAAUUGGGAGAGUAAAUUAAAAAAUACAUGGAUUUAACUUGUUUAACAUACAAAUUACAUAGCUGCCAUUUGCAUACAUUUUGAUAGUGUGUUGUUAUUGUCUGUAUUUUGUUAAAGUGUUAGUUCUGCAAUAAAGCAUAUAUUUUUUCAAGGAUUUAAAUACUAAAAAUCAGAUAAAUGUGGAUUUUCUUCCCACUUAGACUCAAACACAUUUUAGUGUGAUAUUUCAUUUAUUAUAGGUAGUAUAUUUUGUUAGUUUAAAAUUGUUUUUAUGAUUAAAAAUUAAAACGUAUAAUGCUGAAAUCUAAGAAAUGAAAGUAUCUUCUUUUAAAUUGCUAUUCAUUUAGUAUACCUGUUUUCCCAUCUUUUAAAGUCAUAUGGUAUGACAUAUUUCUUAAAAGCUUAUCAAUAGAUGUCAUCAUAUCUCUAGGCACAAAUAAGCUUUGUUCUAUAUCUCUUCUAAGACAGCUGUUAUUACUGUGUACAAUAUUUAUAGUAUCAGCCUUUGAUUAUAGAUGUGAUCAUUUAAAAUUUGAUAAUGACUUUAGUGACAUUAUAAAACUGAAACUGGAAAAUAAAAAUGGCUUAUCU